ACUCACAGGUUAGUUCACAUUUAUUUACUACUGAUGAUCGGUGGUAUUUUCGACGGAAAAUCGUUAGAUUUGCUCCGUUUGCUUUGGGGACUGUUUUAAUCCUGCACGAAUCGUUGCUACUGGGACUGUAAGAGGAAACCAGUGAUGCGCCGCUGCUCAGUCAUUGUUCGGCGCUUACUGACUGGGAAGCGUUACUGCUCUUUAACCCAUCUCUUUCUUUCACUCGCUGCGUUUAGAGAGCAGCUUUCGGCUGGCCCAAAUUAGCUAUUGUAAAUGAAGUGACCUCAAAUGAAUGUUUAAUUAUCGCAAAACCAACAGCUCUGGCUUGUUUUCCGGGAAGCGAAAAAGGGCGUUCACUUUGGACUGAACUAAGCUAGACGUUAGGCUCCUUUCAUUCCAGUUGAACUGAGUCGGAGACACCAUUAUUGGGUCUUAUCUGUCCACCCGCUGCGUUAUUAAGCAUUUUUCACAUUAAACACUUAAAAAAUCCAAAUCAUAUAGGAAGGGUAUUUUUUUGCGCCUUUUUUGCUUGCCGUGCACAGUCGGAGCUCGGUGGGCAGGUGUGUGUGAAACUGGGUGGCCGACAUUCCUCAGAAGGGUGCAGGUGUCUGCGUGCUGGCAAAUCUGACUCACUGAUCGUGUGAUUUUUGACAUGCUGGUCUAAAAGCCCACACAGGAGCCAUGCCAGACAGGGAGGAGCAGGUACAGAAAGCCAAACUGGCCGAGCAGGCUGAGCGCUAUGAUGACAUGGCCUCAGCCAUGAAGGCUGUUACAGAGGAGGGCUCGGAGCUCAGCAACGAGGAGCGUAACCUGCUCUCUGUUGCCUACAAGAAUGUGGUGGGGGCUAGGAGGUCCUCUUGGAGGGUGGUGUCCAGCAUGGAGCAGAAGUCUGAUGACAGUGGGAAGACAGAGCAGGCCAAGGAGUACAGAAUAAAGAUCGAGAAGGAGCUGAAUGACAUCUGCAAUGAAGUACUGGACCUGCUUGACAAACAUCUGAUCCCCAAUGCCAAGCCUGCUGACAGCAAAGUCUUCUACCUGAAGAUGAAGGGAGACUACUACCGCUACCUGGCUGAGGUGGCCACUGAAGAGAACAAGAAUGCCAUCAUCACUAGCUCACAGGAAGCCUACCAGAAGGCCUUGGAUAUCAGUAACCAAGAAAUGCAGCCUACACAUCCCAUCCGCCUAGGCCUCGCUCUUAACUUCUCUGUCUUCUACUACGAGAUUGUCAACUCACCUGAGAAAGCCUGCAAACUGGCCAAGGAGGCCUUUGAUGAAGCCAUUGCCAUGCUGGAUUCCCUCAACAGUGACUCCUACAAAGACAGCACCUUGAUCAUGCAGCUGCUCCGUGACAAUCUGACUCUGUGGAUGUCAGACUCCCAGGGUGAGGGAGAGGAGACGGAGCAGGCAGCUGAGAAGAACUGAACUGAACUUCAGAAAAAAGAAAAAUCAAAAACACACAUUUUUUACCUCUCACCAGCCUAAGUUGUGUGUGUGUGGUUGUGUUUGCACAUACAUGCACAGAUAUGUAUGUUUACACUCCACUCACAAUGUGUAAAGUACAGUAUGUGUGUGCAGAUACAUUGAACUGUGUGUGUGUUAAUUGUAUGAGCACCUCCACAGAGAAAAGAAUGGAAUAGAUCUUUUUUUUUUUUUGAACAUUACUCAUUGUGUGAACCAGUGGAUGUUUAUUUUUUUAUUUAGUUUUUUCGUCCAUGGUUUAGUCCAGAUGAAAUCCCUCCUUUAGAUCCAAAUCAGCCCCAUUCUCUUUAACCUUAUUCACUGUAGCAAACUGCUGCUGUUGCAGGAAAACACAAAGAACCUCUAACUGUAAUUUUGAUAAUUUGUAUGUUUUUACUUGAACUCAACAUUUACAAUCUUUGGAAAACUUGGGUUGACAAAACUCCUUUUGAAGCACAUAAACUGUAAAAAAUAAAAUGGUCACAGCGGUCUGAAUUCACUAAAUAUUAGGACUUAUCUGACAAUAGCAGUGAUCAUACAGAUGGCAGAAUUGACCUUGGUAAAGAUCUUUUACCAUAUUGCCUGUAUCCAUCCCGCCCUGUCAGUGUCCAGUGUAGCAGGUAGUGUUUUUAAUGGAUGGUACAUGUGUCAUGGCUCAGUGAGUUGUACGUGCAUUCGGGCGUAGGAAAGGUUUUCUGUAUGAACGGCCACUUGCGAAAACUGUAGUUAAACGUUAGUUGAUAGUUUUGUUGAGAGGAUUACAUUCCAUUUUACUGACAUCUUUUCACUCUCAGUGAAAUGUGUAGACAAUAAUUUCCUGCACUUUUCCAUAACACAUGACAAGGUAUAGACAGCCUAAGAUAAAGUCAACAACAAAAUGGCUUGAUACUGUAACUUUUGAUAUUUUAUCUUUUCAGCAGUGCAGAGGAUACUUUUGCCAUGUGCUUUUUAUGUGGCUUUCUACUCUUUUCUAUUCAGGUGUUUUUGUAUUUUCUUUUUGUGUAUUUUAUUUCCUUUGACUCUUGAUUUGACUGCUGGAAUGUGGUUCUCAGUAGUAUGGUGUGAGGGUUAGCCGUGCUUUGAAACUGGCCAUUUUUGCUUAGUAUUUAGCUUGAACCAGGUGGUUUACAGUAACAUUUACCUUCCUUGAAAGAACAUUGUGAAAAGACAAAACUAAAACAAUGCUAAAUAUAAACUGAUUAUUAAAGUAACUUGGUAGAAAGCUACGUUAUGACAAAUUAGUAGUUACAAAGUAGUGCCAGUUUCUUCUAAUUACAGUAUCUUGGUUUUAAAAAGAUGGGAUGCAGGAUUCAGAAUUUCCAAGUUACACUCUGAGUACAUUAUUUGGUUAUGUGCUUUCAUGUAAGUGGAAUUAAAACAUUAAAAUCAAGUGUGCUGUACAAA